UCGCCAUUGGCAAUAAUGUCUGGCAGCAGCGUGAGCACUGACUUUUAUUUUUUUUCGUGUAGUAUUUUACUAUUUAACAGUCUUUUCUAUACCGUUGGUCCUUGGAUUUUUCCGAUUAUAAUUUGGGAAAUCUGGAUAUUUUACUUAUAUUGCAGGACCUUGUUGCCGGUAAUAAAAUUAUGGCGAAAAUGGAAUUCCGGCACAAGUGCAGACCAAGACAACAGAUUUGCUGACAAGAAGAAGAAGUUAAUGAAACAGAUGAAAUUUUCAGAAAAUGUUGAAACAAAGGUUGACAUGACCAAGGUGAAUGUGGACACCAUGAAGCCAUGGAUUGCCACAAGAGUGACAGAACUUCUAGCUGCGGAAGACGAUGUGGUCGUCGAGUUUGUUUAUAACCAGCUGGAAGCAAGGUUUCCCAAUGCAAAGGAGAUGCAGAUAAACCUGACGGGUUUCUUGAAUGCCAAAAAUGCAAGGAUUUUCAUGGGCGAAUUGUGGGAGCUGCUGUGCAGUGCGCAGGAGAACAUUGGCGGUAUCCCAGCAAAGUUUGUCGAGCAGAAAAAGGAGGAGAUUAAAAAGAGACAGGAGGAGCAGGAGAGGAUUACAGCCAGUCUGAAGGUCUCCGAGGAACAGAUCAGAGCUGCCAUCAUGAGAGAGAGGGAGAAUGCUGAGAAAAGGGAGGGUGAAGGUGGCCGCAGGGAGAGGUCUAGAUCCCCUAGACGGAGCAGAUUUGACAAAAGUGCAUCCAGAUCUCCUAGACGAGAGUCAAAGAAGAAUGGUGCAGGUGAUGGGAACACUAUAGACGGACACACUGCUGUACCACUAGUACCUCUACAAGACAAAGAAGUUUCCUCCAAUGCUGAACAACUGCCCACAGGCGGAGAGGAAAGAGUGAAAAAUGGCGAAAAUGAUGCCAGCAUGGAACGUAGCAAGGAGGACAUAACCAACAGACCAUCGAAAGAGAGGGACGACAAAAAGAGGCGUUCUGGUUCUCGGGACCGACGCAAGAGGUCAAGGUCAGGGGAUAGAGAUAGAAAAAGGUCAAGGUCACGAGAUCGAGACCAAAGAAGAGAUGGUGAAAGAGACAGAAAGCAUGGCAGACGAUCAAGAUCUCCUCGUAGAUCACCCCGUCACACAUCGCCGCGCAGACGGUCGCGAGACCGCCAGGAGAGGGGGGUGAGGGAAAGGUCACCACAGAGGCCAAGCCCAUCAGCUCGCCGACGGCGAUCACCGCCACGACACCGCAGGGAGGACAGCAGGGGGAGGUCACCCAUACCAGUGGCUGCCAAGAAACCAGCCAGAUCUGACAGCAGCUCUGGAAGUGACAGCGGCAGCUCAGAUUCUGACCAGGCUCCGGGCAAACGGCCCCCAAACACCAGAAUGCCCGCGAUGGGGGACAGCGAUGAUGAUGCAGGGGACAGACAGCAGGGGGUCCAACAGAGGCGUCGCUAUCGGAAACAGCAGGAGGCAACCAAUGAGGAGACAGACUCCAGUAGCUCUUCAUCGUCGUCAGAGGAGGAGGAGGAACAACCACCUCCAGCUGCACGUCGUUUUCGGGAAGACAGACAAGAACGCAUUCGGGAACCAUCUCCAAGAAGGGAGCCCGGGGGAAGGGGUCAAUACCGCUCACCGCCCCGUUACCGAGAGGACCGCUACCAUGACGAGAGGGGCCGCGAUCGUAACUUUGAUGAAAGGGGCCGCGAUCGUAACUUUGAUGAACGAGAUCGUUACCGUGACAACCGUUAUGAUGAGAGGGAUCGCUAUAGGGAGGAGGUGAGACGGGACGAUAUGAGAGAGAGGAACCGUUACCAGGACGACAGGGAUCGUUAUGCGGAUGCUAGGAGACAAAGAAGUCCACCUAGACGCUCCUUUGAAGAAGAGCCAAGGUAUCCCAGGGAUGACGGAAGGGACCGUGCCAGCAACUACCGUAGAGAACCUACCCCACCUGGAGUCGACAGACACUCGUUUGAUCCCUUGCCUGACCCCACUCCUCCUCCAGCCAUACGGGAGAGGCUUGGGGUACGAGGAUCAAGGGAUUCACAGACUGAUCGUGGGAGUGAGCAGGUGGAGGGAAGACGAGGGGAUAAUAAGCAGGGAAAAGGUAGGGAACCAGUCAAAAAGGACUCAAGUGAUGAGGAGUCAUCAUCUGAGGACUCGAGUCCAGAACGGGAACUAGUGGUGCAGAAAUCCAGCCGCGGCAGGCAAAGGAGCCCUUCUCCAAGUGCUAAAAGACCUCGUGAGGUUGAGAAAUCAGCCCAGCGCAAGCAAAAAAGUAGCUCUGAUGAAGACUCUGAUGUUGGUGACUCUAGACAAAAUGUUAAAAGUUACUCAACCAAGGUUUCAAAACAGCCAGAUUAUUCACCAUCUCGUCCCAAGGAAUCUGCCAGCAGGCAAAGAUCUCCAGAGCUCAAACAACAUUCCAAGAGGAGGGAGUUAAGUGAGGAACGGUCCCCGCUGCAUGAACGUACGGUGAGAAGCAGUCGAUCAAAAGAGGAGUCAGAAAGAGAAGUGACAAUCAGGCAGUCUAGAGACAGGGACGCGGCUCAAAAGCGUAGGAUGCAAUAUAGUUCUAGUCCAGAAAAUGUGAUCAUCAAGGCCUCCCGGUCAUUCUCUGGCAGUUCCGAAGAGGGAACAAGGAGGGUUGUGGUGGUGCGGAAAGGUUCUGAGAGUCAAAAAAUGAUGAAACCUGCGUCAUCAGAGGCUGAGGAGGAGGAGGAACAGAGGUCAAGAAAGCGGAAAGUUCAGUCUGAAUCUGACAGUGAGGCUUCAGAGUCUGACCAAGAGAAGACAAAGAAGAAGAAGAAAGAAAAAAAGCAAAAGAAACAAAAGAAGCACAAGAAAAAUAAGAAAAAAGACCAAAAGGAGGAUUCUGACAGUGAUGAGGCUGAGGGUGAGGAACUGGAAAGAGCUCUGAGGGAGAAAGCCCUGAGGUCCAUGCAGCAGAGACAGGAGAGCGGGAGAAGUGAGGAGGACUCGUCUGAUUGACCUACUGACCUCUCCAUACUGACACUUUGUCCACGAAAUCCUCCAUCAGUUCAGAAAGAAUUGUUGAAGUCGAGUUUGUCAUGUUUUUGGUGUAUUGGAGAAACAUGUUGGCCACAUUGGUGGUUUUGUGUACGCUCACUAGUUUUAUGUGAAAGUGGUUAAAAGUUCGGGAAAUAUUGAUAUUUGAAGGUCAACUGGUUUGUGAAUGCUGAGCUAUUUCAGCUUUGAUGUACCUGUUGGAACAUUGACCCCAUGUUCAUAGCUUGGGUAUUCUUAACUUUUUUCAGCACAGAGUUUGAAAUACUAAAUCCUGUUAACGAAUUUAUGUGUAAAUUGCUACUCACAUAAAUUGUUUGCAGGUUGAUCUUGAAAGUGUUUGUGGUUACCUUCCAGACAUUGGUUUAAAUAUGAAAUUCAACAUAUGUAGUGCACACAAAUUGUAUUACUUGUUUAUUAUUGAAAGCAAUUGUAUAGUUAUAUGUGAAGUAGUGUUGACAGUGAAUAAUUGUGAAAAAGAUGAGCUUAACAUUUUAUAAAUUAAAAUGUUUGUGUAAAGUUUAAUAUACAUGGAUUAUGUCUAGAACUUGUGCAUUUUGUUCUUAUCUUGUUACUGAGAUAGUUAUUAUUUUAUUAUCAAGUUAUGUGGUUUCGAAUUUAUCCAAUAAAUAUUACUUUUUGCUUAUUACAUGAUGUUUUUUAAUUGGGACACAGAAUUUGUUUCAUGUAUGAAUUUAUUUUUUUUAUCUGAAAACAUGUGCUUUUGUAAUCAUUAUCAAUUUGCGUUGUUGGUUAAUUUAUAAAACUCAUACAAGUAUAUUUAUAAACUCUACAAAUAUAGAUACAAGCAGUAAACUUUAGUAUUGUAUAGAAUAGUUCUUGAUGACUUUAUUAUUAGAAAAUGAGAAAAAAUGGAUAGAAAGAUUGUAGUUCUUGAUUGUAUUUGAUGUUAAACAAAUUGGUUAAUAAUAUCCACCAUUUUGAAAUACACAAGUUUUUUGAAUUGCCAAUAUGAUUUUCCUUUUCAUGGUUUUAUAGAUUCUACAGCUUAAAUGUGUUUGAAAUAUGUGUAAAUUUAAUAAGAGAUUUGUUUCUGGUAUCAAAUACCAUAAAAAUUGUGUCAUUGUGUGUGUUAGGAAGUGUACACAGUCCAACCUUUCUCUGCGGUCAUCUGAGCUAAGUGGCUGAAGAGGCCAUUCACACUGAAAGCCAUUUUUCACCUGUGUUAAAUGGUAAUGGGGUUUGCCAUUUCCCUAUUGUGAAAUAUUAACUCUCACAGCUGUACUAAGGUGUUUAGAAGGUUUGUUUAACUGGAAGUAUUACUGAGAAAUCUUUGAAACAGAUUCUAUUGCUAACUCGUUCUUUACAAUAAUAAGACCGUAAAUACAUAGAUAAAUUAUGAAGCAAAAAUCACAUUGAUCUUUCUUAAAGUGAGAUUUCUAUAGUUGAAUUUUGCAUGCAAUGAAAUCAGUUAAUUGCGGAUGAGCUUGCAAUCCAAUGACCGUAUGUGAGAGGAACUGUAUACCGCUAGCUUGUAUUUGUAGAAUUUCAUUUAGACUUGUGAUGAUAUGUAAAUGUUUUGAUAGUCUGGUAUGGAGAAUUGCAUGAAACAAACUUAUACUGGUGUUUGUAUUUCUUUUCAUUCAUUAAAAAAUAAUGUAUUUGGCAGCUAACGUUUAUUAAAGAAUUCUAAAAAUAGUUUCAUUUAAAAAAAAAACUUUUCUUUUCACUUUGAUGCUUAUAAAAAGUGCUUGUAUUCAACAUUAUGAGAUUGAAGAUAUCAAAAGAUUUCAAAGUUAAAAUAAUUGUCCCGGUGGUUGUCUCGCAUCAUUUAUAGACUUAAUAUUGAAUAAAAUAGUUUCAAAUGAUGAUAAUUUUUGUUUAUGUUAUUGAAUUUGUUCUGGUUUAUAAUGUACAUCAUGUUUUUAAGCAAUCACAAUGAUUUUUCAUACCGGAAAACUUUCACUACUUCUUACUUAGUGUAACAAUCCAAUAUAUUAAGUUAAUGGUAGCGAAAUAGUAUAUUUUCUGAAUUAUGUUUUAACUAGAGUGUUCCUAAUAUGAAUUUAAUAAAAAUAAUGAAUUGUCAAACGAAUAAUGGUUAUUGGCUUCAAUUUCUAUUGUAAACAUGUAUUUUGAGAAACGUGUAUCGUUAUUUUAAAUGUUAAAACUAUUGCCGAGUUGAGCAAAUGCCAAAAUAAUUUUAUAUCUUCUAUAAUGGGAUAGUUCUUGUUCAGUUCAAUACUACUGUUACUUUUAACUUGGGGAAUCGUAACAUAAUGCAAUUAUUACAGUUUUCUAUUGCAGUUCAAUGUUAAAACUAUAAAAUACUAAGUAAAUGUACUGUUUAAAUGAAUAAAACCUUACGCAGAAACAA